CAGGUGGCAAGGGUGUGAGAGCAGAGUGGAAGUAAAGUUAACUACUAGAUAACGUUACAGAUAGCUAUGAAAUCAACUUGUUUAGCUAGUAACCUCUGCUAGCUAACUUGCACGUCUACCUUGUGAAAGCUCAUGUCUCCGAAGUAGUCCGAACAACCUGGCUAGUGACGUGUUAGCAACAGGUUUGCCUCUGACUGACCGACCACAUCCCACACCGCAGUGCGAUUGACCGGGUUUUGGUUGAAGAAAAUAGUUAUCUAGCUCACUAGGUCCCUGGAGGGGAAUAAGCAUAAACACGACAGGCUCUUCCUACUCCUUACUCAUGUGAUAUGACAUCACUGCAUGGUUACCACAGAAACCAGGGCUCAGUUCAGACGGUUGACAGCCAGUCAGGGAACUGAACCCUCCAGAGGAGAUGGAUCUCUCCCUCUCCCCCUGGCUGAGGCCUGCCAUACUGAUGAAUGGCCUCUGUUUAACAGCACAUCUGCUUCUAGAGCAGCCAGCCACAACGCUGGGUGCAUGACUCCUCCAAAGGUGUUUUUCACAGGGAUGGCUGCACAAGUGGAGGUACAGACUGGGGAGGUGGGAAGGACAGGUGUAGGGGGGCGACUGCACCUCAGCCCUCUGGCUGACUCCAGCAACAAGAGCCUAACAGAGGGCCCAUCCAACACCCAGGGCUCCCUCAUCAUCACUCCAGAGUCCAGUAAGCCUGUCCCUGCACCCAAACCACGGCUCACUCCCAAACCUUUCGCUGUGGAGAAAACCCCCACCAUCCGGCCCAUACUUGCUCCUAAGCCUAAUACCAAGCCCCGACCAGAGCCCACUCGCCCUACUUUUUACAAACCUGACCCUCCCAAUGGCCCAAAACCUCAGCAGCCGAACGUUACCAGCAAACACAGGCCAGUGUCGACCAACCACAGCCGUCCUGCUCCUACCUCCUACAAACCCUCUCCCAAGUUGAGCACGGGACAAACCACCAAGCCUGUAGCCCAGCCCUUCAAACCCGCCCCUCUAACACUUGGGGACCACAGCAAACCAACUCCUUCCCAACCGAUGGGGCGUCAGAAGCCAGCUGCGGCAGGCUUGUCCCACUCACAAGGCCCUAAGAAACCCCCUUCAGUGGAAUGGUCCGGAUCCACCAAGCAGGAGAAGGAAUGUGGCAAAACAGCAUCCAAUAUCAGAGCUGGAGGAGCCUAUUUGACCAGAGCCAAGUCAAUGGGCUUCCUCCGUCAGAUAGGGCUAGAGGGGGAGGAGAGGAAGAAGGAUGAAGGGCCAGAGGUCACAGUUCAACUCCGAACCCAGUCUACAGGCUCCAGGCCUAGACCUGUGUCGGCUAUCUUCCUACCCUCUCCCACUCAGGCUGAGUCGUCCACCCCAGCUGAUCGCUGGGUUGGGAGACGGCCCCUUUCAGCCGACCUCACCUCCAGGUUUGAGUCCAUUGGCCUGUCUCUGCACCGCGGCUCUCCUGCCAAGACUGGCAGCAAGGAAAACAGUCCAGAGGAGGGAGCACUGCUACGGAGGAGAGAGGGGGAGACGGGAGCAGAGGGGACCAUUGCUACACCACAGGCCCCAGUCAGCAAGCCUUCAGCCCUAGCACAAGGGAGUGAGAAGAAAAAAGAGGAAGAGAAGGAUGAGGGAAAGGGUGGAGGAAGCAUUAAGAGACGGAUCAGUCUCUUGCUCGAUUCUUCUUCUUCCUCUCCUGUGGUUCCUCUCCGUGUUGCUGCCCAAGGACCGGAGUCUUCCUCUCCAGUGCAGCCAGUCCCAGAGGCAGAUGCACCACAGGGUGGUGUUAAACAGCGAAUCAAGAAGCUAACAGAAGAUACUGUUACGCCACCUGCUCAGACCCUGGCUGUUAAACCCCGACCUCUGCCCCCUGACCUGACCAAAAGGUUUGGCUCUGAGAAGUCCACAGACCUCGGCAGUCCCUCUCCUAGUAAGGCGACAGACCGCCAUGAGAGUGACACUGAUCCUCAAGGGAGGGGGCAGGACUCAGUCUUCAUCUUCAGUGACCAAAGGAAGGUGGAUGAACACACCAGAGAGUCCAAAGAGCAGCCAACCCAGACCUUUUCUGACCCCUCAGCUGGAAGUACUGUGGCACAGCGGGGGCUGGAGAUUGAGGCCCAGGAGAGCCACCCGAGCAGUGGGGUGCAGACUGUGCGAGCAGCCCUGUUUGAGAAUGUGGUGGAGAGACACAGCGUGCUGGUGAUGGAGGAGGACAGAGCGCAGAACAACACAAAGAGCUGUCCCAAGAGAAGUGUCUCUCUCAAACUGGGGGAUGGAGAGAAAGGCGGCAGCCUGGUCACCUCCCCCUACCGCGAGCCUGUGUCUCCCUCCAGCCCGCUUCGUGUGGAGCACUUGUUUGACACAGUGCACGCGGUGGGAGAGAGGAGAGCCGUUAGUGAGAGUGUCCCCUCGGCACAGCUGGAGGACAAGGCCAUGACCCUCCGUUCCAGGCAUUCUGAGGGGAACAGGCCAGCUAGGGCUGAGCCAGUGGAGAAGAGACCUGCUCGGGUCCAAGGAGACCUCAGUUCGACUCAGAGGGGAGCACCAGCCUCCCAACAUGAACAGGGACCACGCUACCUCAGGGUUGGAGCUCUGCAGAAAUGGAAUACCUCUGAGGUGGAUAGGGGGGCAGAGGUAGAGAAAGGAAGGCAAAGGGAAAGGGAGAGAAAGGAGGAGGAGAAAGAGAGGCAGAGGGAAGCGGAGAGGAGGAUGCAAAUGGCUGUAGAGAGGGAGAAGCCGAGAGAGCAGGACAGGGAGAGAGAGGAAGUGGCAGCACCGAAGCGUUUGAAAAUGCUGGAGGCAGAUGAGCAGCCACCCAAACCCAGGGCCACCUACUUUGCUCUGACUGGUCAGAUUCAGGAAGUCAUAUCCCAUGGGGAUGAGGGAACAGAGAAAGGGGACAUGGAAGUGCCCUUUGAUUUCUCUGUGAUGCCUGGACAAUGGGGUUCUCAAGGGAAGGUAAAAAGGAACCCCUCUCUAGUCAAACCUUUUGGUAAAGGCUCCCAAGGUCAAGAACAAGAAGAGGAACUGAUGGAGAGGAAGCAAACACAGGAAAGGAAAAGAGAAACGGCAUGGGACAGAAAGACCGGGAUGGAUGAGAUGGAAAUAGAAAAACAGAAACAAGUUCUUGAGGAAGUAAGAGAAUUGGAGAGGGGGAAAGAACGUCAGAGGGAGAGAAAGGAGUUUGAGAGGGAGAAACAGAGACAGCUGGAAAUUGAGAGACAGAAACAGUUAGAAUAUGCUAGAAAGAGAGAGAUGGAGAAGCAGAGAGAGUUAGAAAGGGAGAGACAAAAUGAGUUGGAAAAGGAGACACAGAGAGAGUUGGAAAGACAGUGUGAGCUGGAGAGGGAGAGACAGUGUGAGCUGGAGAGGGAGAGAGAGUGUGAGCUGGAGAGACAGAAAGAGUUUAAAAGGGAGAGGCAGCGACAGUUCGACUUAGAGAGACAGAAGAAGUUGGAGAGACAGAUGGUUGAAGAGUUGGAGGAAAUAAAAGAAAUGGAAACAAGGCAACUGUUUAGGUUUGAAAAGCAGAAGCAGGCUGAGAGAGAGAGACAACAGCUUCUGGAGCUUGAAAAGCAGAUACUGAGAGAGAAGAUGGAGAGAGAGGAGCAGGAGAAGAUGGGACAGCAAGCAAUACAACAGGAGGUAGACCAGGAGAGACAGAGGGAGUUGGAGCGGGAGAGACAGAGGGAGUUGGAGCGGGAGAGACAGAGGGAGUUGGAGCGGGAGAGACAGAGGGAGUUGGAGCGGGAGAGACAGAGGGAGUUGGAGCGGGAGAGACAGAGGGAGUUGGAGCGGGAGAGACAGAGGGAGUUGGAGAGACAGAGGGAGUUGGAGCGGGAGAGACAGAGGGAGUUGGAGCGGGAGAGACAGAGGGAGCUGGAGAGGGAGCUGGAGAGGGAGCUGGAGAGGGAGCUGGAGAAGGAGCUGGAGUUGGAGCGGGAGAGACAGAGGGAGCUGGAGCGGGAGAGACAGAGGGAGCUGGAGCGGGAGAGUGUAGAAGAAUUGGAGAUAAUAAAGGAGCUGGAGAGAAGACAACUGUUUGAGAAACAGAAUGAGAGAGCGAGACAACAGCUUCAAAAGCAGAGACUGAGGGAGAAGAUGGAGAAAGAGGAGCAGGAAAAUAUGAGACAGGUAGCUAGACAACAGGAGGCAGAGAGACAGAGAAUCCUGGAGAGACAGAGGAGAGAGAACCAGGAGAGGGGGGUACUGGACUCCUUACCUCUCAGACCUAAAGUGCUGGAUCUAGACUCUGUCUCUCUGGGUGACCUGCACUCCAGAGGCAGUCCCCACUCCCCUGGUGCCCGAUGGAACCAUCCAUCUCCCCGGGGAGAGGACCACUACAGGCCUGGCAUCCUGGACAUAGACUCAUUCAGGUCCCAGACCCAGACGCAGCCCUCGCCCACUAGAGAGGUGUUCCCUAUUGCUGGCAUCAAGGGCUCAGACCCAGGUAGUGGGGUGAGAUCCCACACUCCAGAGAGGGAAGUUAGCCGUAGGGUGGGUGCAAUGGGGCGACCCAGCCCAGUGUGGGCCCCCUCUCAGCAGGAGCUGUGGGAGCAAAGGCUAGGAUUCAAUGAGGAAUCGGUGGAUAGGCCCUUGGCUGGACCAGAACCACCCAAGAAGCCUGCCAAUAAACCCAGCCUGGAGCAGCUCCUCCACCGGCAGUUGGACAGGGCCACGGCCCCCAUUCUGGUCCCAGAGAGACGCUGGUCUGGUAUGCCCAGUGAAGCAUCCUUCCCCAGGAGAGAGCCCCACAGCCCUAGGUCCCCCAUGGAGCAGACCUGGUUCCCGCAGGACUCAGGGCCCCAGGGGCACAGGGUAGAGGCCAGAGGACAGAGGAGAUCUCAAGGCUCCCAGGAGCUGAACCGGAUGAGGUCCCGCAGUGUGUCCCGUCGAUCGGCCCCGUCUGAGAGUGCUGUGGAGGGGAGCCUGUCCAGGAUGAGGAGCAGGAGUGCACAUAGAGAGAGGGACCGACAGAGCUGGGAGCAGUUGAAGCAGAGUGUGGAUGGUGAGGAAGAGGGGCGUGACAUCGACACACUGGUCCACGAGGCAGACAGCCAGUAUGGGACCUGGGAGACGGGACUGCGCACUGACGAUAGCCUGACUCCUGCCACGCCCACCUCAGACAGCAACCUCAGCCAGUCGCCUAGGAAACCCAUUCCGCCCCACACACCAGGGGAACAUGCCACACACAGCGACCUGGACACUCCAGAUGGCUUCUCCCCCUCGGUCCAGUCCGAGAUGCAACUACUCCCCUUCCCUGAGGCCUCUACCAUCCUGCUGGACUCCAGUGCUCUGCGCUCCAGGGUGCAGCUGAGUAAGAUGCGGGGGCCACGUUCGCGCCCCUCCAGGGUGGCUCGUCAGACUGCUGCUAUGUCUGUACACCCUGAGGGACAGACCUCGCCCACUGAGGACUGGCGCUCCCGAGACUCAACAGAGGACAACAUUGAGUUUUCCAAGCAGGAGGACUCAGACUCUGAGGAGCAGGAGAGGGGAGUAGACCCCCGCUCUGCUGCUGCCUCCUCCCAGCCCCAGAGAGUCGCCCUCUUUCCUGGGAUGGACCCCUCCGCUCUCAAGGCCCAGCUCAAGAAGAGAGGAGACUCUGACAAUCAGACAGACGGAGCCGCCCCAUCUCCAUCUCAGCUGUCACGAUCUCCUAAAUCCCCCUUCCUGCCCCGGGUGUCCCGUGUGCUGCCCCCCUCUGGAGGGAAAGAAAAUGGGGAGGAGGCCUCACCACAGUGGCUGAGAGAACUGAAGUUUAAGAAGCGCUCGAGUCAGUAUGAAAAUGACAGCUAAGUGUGAAUGAGCAGGUUGCCUUAACUGAAUAAUCUGGUGGAGAAUUGGAGACAGAAGCCUUAACCUUUGACCCUGAGAAGAUGGAAACUCUGCUGCUGACAUUGUAAUUUGUCAUCGGUUUGUUAAUUUUAUCUGUUCUCUUCCUGCCCGGGUCGCAUACAUGUGCAUGGUGCCUUUUUGCAGACAACCUCGGUCUUAUGGAUGAAACGACCCAGGUUAAAUAUCUGGCUGCUCGGCUCCAUUUGUCCAUUUCCUUUGCAUAGAGCCACUUUACCCUCUCACCUGACGGGAGAAUACGGAAGGGGGGAAACCCUUUUUCUCCUGUCAGGUUGCAUUUCAGGACUGGUUAAACUUGUGGGACCACACGCCUCUUAACCUGGAAGUGCUUCAAUAAGCUGGAGGACAGUCUAGUACCUCCACAAGAUAUAAAUGUAUUUCUUUUUUUAAAUGUAUUUUUCAGGUUCGUCUACGCGUUACAUUUCCAUGUGUAUCUAUCAGUCAAGGGGUGUUGGUAAUAGACAACAUAGGAUAACAUUUCUGAUUUGUAUUUUUUGUCAUUGAUCAUAAAGAACAAAACACUGCUGAACUCAUGUUUGGCCAGGCUGUAUAUUAUGUGUUAGUAAUAAAUAUGGUAUCUAAUCAUGAAAUAUUAUAUUUGUAUUGUUGCUAAUUUGACAGAUGAAUCAUAACAUGUCCGAGUGUUUAGUUUUAUACGGAGAGCAUUGCAAGUAUCACUACAGCAGAGGCUCCCAAGCCCAUUCCCCUGAUGAACUGACUGGGAAUCUGUUGUGUUGACCUAAUGCAGCCCCUUCUAACUGAUGUGUGAAGACAAAUGCUGUGUGUUCAGUGUCUUUUCAAUCAUAAUGUCUGAAUAUCUGUUUCUACUGGUGUUUGUAUUUCUUAAGGAUCCCCAUUAGCUGCUGCCAAGGCAGUUAUAUACAGUUAAAUGAUAACACUGUUCACCACACAUUGUGUUCCUUCAGGCCACUACUCUACUGACACAUAUCUACAAUACAACAUCCAUGUGUGUGUGUAGAGUGCAUGUGGGGAAGAGAAGGGUUAAUCACAUUGGAGGACUCAAUUAUACUCCUACACACACAAAUACACAAAUCAGCCUGUUCUUCCUCCCUUUACCUUCACUUACCUCUUCAGUGUAAGAUCAAAUGAUUGUGUGUAAUAGUGAUGGAUGAGUGUAAGGAAAAUGUGAUGGAUGAGUGUGUAAGGAAAAUGUGAUGGAUGAGUGUGUAAGGAAAAUGUGAUGGAUGAGUGUGUAAGGAUUGCAAGGGAAAUGGUCUAACUGUAUGUGUUACCAAUGAGCCAUACAUUCAAUGUGCACUCCCUGGGCUCUGUUUUAUCAGGAUGUCUGCAACAUCUCCCAUUUAGAGAGAGACUUUACCCACCUAUUCUUUUAUCACUACAUCACUGUUGACAACAUGUAUGUGCAUGUAGAAUCUCAGCUUCUUUUCCGUCACUCUUUGCUCAGACACUGAAUGGACACACCAAGUAGCAGUGGUACAAUCAUACAGUCUGGAUAUCAUGGAUUCAUCCACACAACUGUUAUGGUCCCAUUGUGCACAUGGUCAGUGCAGCAAUGUGGAUGUAUAGUGGAAUGGUAGGAGUAUGGCUUCCUCUACUCCAGUGGGGAAUGUGAGUAAAGUAUAUGGUUUUGAGAUGAGGGUGGGUGGGUGGUUAUUUUCCCCUAUUCUGCUGCACAUUACUAUUUGCACCAGUUGUUUUAGAGCGCAGAGCUGACUUAGGCCAUGCCCCUGACCAUGUUAGCCAUGCCCCUGACCAUGUUAGCCAUGCCCCUGACCAUGUUAGCCAUGCCCCUGACCAUGUUAGCCAUGCUGCACUGUCCCACUACUUCCAUUAAGCACUUUGUCAGUUAAUGCACUACAGCACUGACCUGUGCACUGGAUAUCCUGUUGUACGUCCCACCUACCACAUGUUCAUAGACCACUGACCUGUGCACUGGAUAUCCUGUUGUACGUCCCACCUACCACAUGUUCAUAGACCACUGACCUGUGCACUGGAUAUCCUGUUGUACGUCCCACCUACCACAUGUUCAUAGACCACUGACCUGUGCACUGGAUAUCCUGUUGUACGUCCCACCUACCACAUGUUCAUAGACCACUGACCUGUGCACUGGCUAUCCUGUUGUACGUCCCACCUACCACAUGUUCAUAGACCACUGACCUGUGCACUGGCUAUCCUGUUGUACGUCCCACCUACCACAUGUUCAUAGACCACUGACCUGUGCACUGGCUAUCCUGUUGUACGUCCCACCUUCCACAUGUCCAUAGACCGAUAUUGGAAUGCUAAUGGAAUGAAAGUGAAUGUGUUGAUUGGAUCUUUGGGGUCGUUGUCCCUAUGGUGUACAUGGCUUUUGUCAGUUUGAGGGUUUCUUAUUUUCUCUCAUUUUGUUUUUAAAAAUAAAAUACGUAUAUUACAUUGUUUUAAUGCCAGUGUCCAAAAUUGUAACUUGUUAAUAAAAUGUACUGAGUUGAGCUUCUCA